AUUACAAGUCACGACUUUAAUUUUGAAAUCGCUACCGGAUGUUCAGAGCUUUUCUACUGGCUGCAGCGCUUUACGUGGAGACUGCGGGAAAAAAACAGCAGGCAUGGCGGGGCGCGGGAAAAGAAAACCCAGAUCUUUGCCGCAGUGCUAUUUACUUGCAGUCAGUUUCCCAAAACGUGUCAACAUUUUAUCAGACAGAAACACCAAACGGGGUGGUGAAAAAAGCAAAAGAAGGGCAGAGGGACGAGAAGACCACUAUCACAGGGGAAAUGAGAGAAGAAGUGGAAAAAUUAUACAAGCUGCGCAUGCCCGAUGAUUUUUUCCAGUUUUGGGAAUUUUGCAAGGGUCUUAAUGCUGACUGUCCACAAGGUGCCCUAAAGGAAACACUUGGGCUUCGGCUAGUUGGCCCGUUUGAUAUCCUGUCCAAAAAGCACAAAAGCUCAUCUGCCUCUCAACCCAACUUCCACCUUCACUGGCGUUAUUUCUAUGAUCCUCCAGAGUUUCAGACCAUUAUACAGGGCAACUUAGACACCCAGCACCACAUGGGCUACUUCAGAGAUUUGCCUGAUGCUUUGCCUGUGUUCAUUGGGGAGAAUGAAGCCAAAAAGGGCUGUACCAUCACACAGAUGGGGGACAACAUCUUUGCAGCUGUUCUGCUGUUUUUGCAGAAGAAAAGGAAGGAGAGGGGACAACAGAAGAACGAAGCAGCUUUGGACCUGUUAGAAGAUGAUUUAAAGCGAGAGGCAGAGAGGUUGGAGUUGCCUCUGGAGCAGAAAACUAAAGCUAUGAAACAAAGAGAGAAAAAGGUGGUCACAAAGACAUUUCAUGGUGCAGGAAUUGUGGUUCCAGUGGAUAAAAAUAAUGUUGGAUAUAGAGAAUUGCCAGAAACUGAUGCAAGUCUGAAGAAGAUCUGCAAAGCGAUUGCAGAGGCCAAAGAUGAUGAGGAGAGAAUGAAAGCUUUUGCGCCCAUCCAGGAAAUGAUCACCUUUGUUCAAUUUGCCAAUGAUGAAUGUGACUACGGCAUGGGCUAUGAGCUGGGGAUAGAUCUGUUCUGUUAUGGCUCACAUUAUUUCUAUAAAGUGGUACGUCAGCUGCUGCCAAUGGCAUACAAUCUGCUGAAGAGAGGUCUGUUUGGAGAGAUACUGGAGGCGCACCUCACCAGCCGUUCCCAGGACAACCUUGACCAACUCGCUGUCUGACGUAUACUGAGAGGAUGAUAAGCUAUUCAAAAUGACUUCCUGUAAAUAGUGUUGGGGUGGGGUCAGAGACAGAUUACACUGCACUAAAUUACGCUGUUAGGUGCUGCUGCUUCAUUCGAAAUGCAACAAAGUCCAGGAAAGGUUAGUUUCUUAAACCUAAAUUACUCUUACUUUUCUAAAAGAUGUAUUGGUGAUCUAAAAUUUCAACAUUUCGUUUUUAAGUUUAAUUGGUUUAACAUAAUUAAAAUGAAUAGGCACAUUUUUCCCCUUUUUUUUUUUUUUUUAAGAUCUCACUGCUCAGUUGUGCAUUAAAAGUUAAAUCAAAUUGAGUUUUUCUCACCAGGUUUUUCAUCCUGAGAAUCAACUUUUUAUGAGCAAUACUGUGCCUUUCCAAACCUGAAUUUCUUUGAUUCUCACUGUCAGUCUAGUAAACCAUAGAGAAAUGAGUUAUAGCUGCUGAAAGUUCAGUAUGUUGCAUAUAUUAUUUAUGAUACUGCUUUCUGCAUUUCCGUUAACAUAUUUUCUAUAACCCAGUUGCUUGAAAGCAAUCCUUCAAUUUGCCAGGUUAUUUGAGCAGUGAUUGCUGAGUGCUGAUCAACAUCUUGGUUAUGGUUUCAGGUCCGUUUGUUUAUUUUUGUGAAAGCAGAACGCACUAUUCAUAGCAAAAGUGAGCUGUUUCUUGUUAAAAUGGUACCUUAAGUAAUCUGUACUGAGAAACUUAGUUAGAAAAAUAAGUUUGCAGUGUCAAUUUCUUACUGUCUCCAUCAUCAUUCAUCGUUAUGAUGAUUUCGUUAUCGUUGUCCAGUACUGUUCCAAAGUAGAUGUUUAAUAAAGUGUAUAUUUUUUGUUUUUUCUUUUUAAUUGCCUGUGCUGUGUGAAAGAUGAAAGUGAAUCAUAAUAUGUCCAAUUGAUAUAAUUUUGCUUACGCUGCAGAUGUAAGUCUUUUUUAUCAGUAUACUAAAUAUAGGUUUCAGUGGCCUAAAAAAGUGUUUAUAAUAUAUAGAUAUAUAGAUAUAGAUAGAGAGAUAGAGAUAUAGAUAUACACACACACACACAUAUAUAUAUGUAUGUAUGUAUGUAUAUUAGACUUGCUUAGUCUAAGUAAGUAUAUAAUAAAUGGAAAAAUUUCAUAAACAAACAGUCGAACCAAAAAUUAUUCGGACGCCAG